CCAGCAGCCUCCCUCACAAAAGUGAUGCAAUGCUGCUAACAGCUGAUAAACGUUAUGGUUCCGGUAGGCGUUUCAUGAAUGCGCGUAAGACAGUGGUCUUUUGUACUUCUCAUAUGCCAGGGCGCAGCAAUAUUGAUCAUGCUGCGGUGAAGAGAAUCAUGAAGCUCCGGGAUAAGGCAUCAAGAAAAAGUAAGAAGCUCGGAUCAAGUUCAAAAGAAGAAGAUGCUGCUCCUAAUGAUCAAGUCCAAAGCCAAGUCCUCGGAUCAAGUUCAAAAGAAAAAGAUGCUGCUCCUAAUGAUCAAGUCCAAAGCCAAAUGCUCCACCUAAGUCUGCAAGAAGAAGAAGAUGUUUUUUAACUUAAACUUGCUUUGUUUUAUCAGGAAUUGAAAACUCUUUUGUUUUUUAUGUUAC